GUACAAUGGGAGGGGACCGGUGCCUGGGGAGCAGGGAGGCCGGCUUAAGGGCUUGAUGGGCAUGGGCGGGGCCCAGAGGAGCUGGAGUUCCAGUUUGAAGGGUCUCUGAGGGAAUCUCUGAGGAGCCGGCGGACACAGCCUGACCGAGCCAAGCAGACACAAUGAGGCGAGUGGUACGACAGAGCAAGUUUCGGCAUGUAUUUGGACAGGCAGUGAAAAAUGACCAGUGCUAUGAUGACAUCCGGGUUUCUCGCGUGACCUGGGAUAGUUCCUUUUGUGCUGUCAAUCCCAGAUUCGUUGCCAUAAUCAUAGAAGCAAGCGGGGGUGGAGCGUUCCUGGUGCUUCCUUUGCACAAGACUGGUCGAAUUGACAAAUCCUACCCCACAGUAUGUGGUCACACAGGACCAGUGCUGGAUAUAGACUGGUGCCCACACAACGACCAGGUCAUUGCCAGUGGUUCAGAGGACUGCACGGUUAUGGUAUGGCAGAUCCCAGAAAAUGGACUUACCCUUUCCCUGACUGAACCUGUGGUGAUUUUAGAAGGCCACUCGAAGAGAGUUGGCAUCGUGGCCUGGCAUCCGACCGCCCGCAACGUCCUUCUUAGUGCAGGCUGUGACAAUGCCAUCAUCAUCUGGAAUGUGGGGACAGGGGAAGCCCUCAUAAACUUGGAUGAUAUGCACUCAGACAUGAUUUAUAAUGUGAGCUGGAACCGGAAUGGCAGUCUGAUCUGCACAGCUUCCAAAGACAAGAAAGUGAGAGUGAUCGAUCCCAGGAAACAAGAGCUUGUUGCUGAGAAGGAGAAAGCACAUGAGGGAGCCAGGCCCAUGAGAGCCAUCUUCCUGGCUGACGGCAACGUCUUCACCACUGGGUUCAGCCGCAUGAGCGAGCGGCAGCUGGCGCUCUGGAGUCCGAAAAACAUGCAGGAACCAAUUGCUCUUCAUGAAAUGGACACUAGCAAUGGGGUUUUGCUGCCUUUCUAUGAUCCUGACACCAGUAUCAUUUACUUAUGUGGAAAGGGAGACAGCAGUAUUCGCUACUUUGAGAUCACGGAUGAAUCCCCAUAUGUCCACUACCUCAAUACAUUCAGCAGCAAGGAGCCUCAGAGGGGCAUGGGUUACAUGCCCAAGAGAGGACUCGAUGUUAACAAAUGUGAGAUUGCCAGAUUCUUCAAGCUUCAUGAGAGAAAGUGUGAGCCUAUUAUCAUGACUGUUCCCAGGAAGUCUGACCUUUUCCAGGAUGACCUGUAUCCUGACACCGCAGGGCCCGAAGCCGCGCUGGAGGCAGAAGAGUGGUUUGAGGGACGGAAUGCCGACCCCGUCCUCAUCUCCCUGAAGCACGGCUACAUUCCAGGCAAGAACAGGGAUCUCAAAGUGGUCAGGAAGAACAUUCUGGACAGCAAGCCCACUGCAAACAAGAAGUGUGACCUGAUCAGCGUCCCCAAGAAAACCACAGACACGGCUAGUGUGCAAAACGAAGCCAAGUUGGAUGAGAUUUUAAAAGAGAUCAAAUCUAUAAAAGACACAAUCUGCAAUCAAGAUGAGCGUAUUUCCAAGUUAGAACAGCAGAUGGCGAAGAUAGCAGCCUGAAGGUCCCAUCCCCACCCCUCGGAAACAUGGGAGCAAGAACUUGUGCUUUGGUAGCUGGUUGUUGGUGUGGUCCUAGGGAGGGGAGAGGGAGGCACUGCCAUUUGGAGACAUUCCAUUUCAGAGUUGUCAACCACGGUGAUAGGCCACAUUCCAGUAAGAACUCGAUCCGUCUCCCAAAUUUGCAAAAAAAAAAAGAAAAAAGAAAAAAAAAAGCUGAGCUUUUUAUCAGAAAGCUUUUUUGAUGUUUUAAGUGUUAUGUGACUUGUUGAACUCUUAAAGACAAAAGUGCUACUUUUAAAAUUCCAGAUAUUCUGAAUUUUAGAAAACAAAUCAAUUCCAAUUCAGUGUCAUGCCCAAGUACCUUUUUUUUUUUUUUAAAUGAAUAGGGACCAAUGCCACACUGCUUUUUAUAUUUCUUUCUUUUUUAAUGUUGCCAAAACCAAAAGUAGCUUUUUUUCUUUGUAUUUUGCUACUUUGCAGUAUUUGUGUGUGAUUUUUUUUUUCCUUAAUUUGAAAGGGACAGCACUGUGUAUGUUUAUAAACUAGAUGAAGAUAUUAUUUUGUAUAAACAUUCAUCUGAGAACAAUCAGAGCAGUAGCCACACGGUGCUGGCUCGCUGGCAGCACAAACCUGGUCAUCUUAAUGACUGUACAGAAGGAAGACUUGAAAAUCAUGUGGACCCCUCUUACUUCCCCCCAUUCUGUUGAGUCUUCUGAUCAAAAAAAGCUCUCAUCAUAUCUCUUCCUUUCUUUCCUUUCUCUUUUUUUUAGAAAUUGGGUGGUUGUACCAGAUGAAAUUUUGCUCCUUGAUUCUGUGCUUCAGAUGAUUAUAAUCUAACCAAACUAGCAUGUGUUUCUGCAGUUUGUUACCCAGAGUCUCACAUCCAACCCCACCGCUCAGGCUGCGGUCCUACUUGACAAGGGCACCGGGACGAGAGUGUUGCAUCGUCGCGUGUCCCCUCUUGCCCAGCUCAGCAGCUUAGCCGGGCAGGGAGCUUGGAGGGGAGCUCUCACCCCUGGUGGCCUCCACUGUCUGAGCGUUGCUGGCGAAGGAGCGGCUCCCCUCACACCCACAGGGCCCCUGCCUUCUCCUCGUGGCUGCUGCGUCUCCCUCGGGGCCCCAGCAGUCCUGCCUGUCUUCCUGCCUUUUAGCCCCGAUCACAUUCAGCAAAAUGAGGCCAGAGGAUGCUGUCGAAUGUUGAGACUGAGGAGAAUGGUCUAGAAUGAAGCAGAAGAGGGAGAGCAGACCUCUGCCCUAGCUUGAGCACGUGUGGACAUGCCCCUUUGCACCCCGCACACAGAGCAGGCUGCUGCAGCUCACUCACAGCUGCGGUGAGGUACGGAGGCUCCCUGGACCCGGAGGAGUCAGGAGAGUGCUGGUCCCCUGUUGCCAUGUUCUCAGUUGCAUGUUUGCAAAACCAGACUUAACGAUCCUCUGUCCUGGAAGGACACGGGCCAUGGAGGGGACACUCCUGUGUGUGUGCACUGGGCGGGUGCAGGGCUGACUGGAAGCAGUGUGUCCAGGAGCCAGGAUGGAGCGGAGAGUGGUGGCAGCCGGUUAGACGGCACGACCCCACUGGGUACUGUCCCAGCAGAAGAGGUGCCAUAUUCUUGACCAACAAUAUUGGGACUGCUGUCUCCUCAAUUUCAGGGCAUCUGAGUGUUCGGUUUUGUGUGUAUGUAUGUGUGUGUUUUUAAUAUAAAAGUGGAUAAUGAGAUGUAAAGAAAACAAUAAUUACAGUGACAUAAGUCAAACUUACAUUUUUUUUAAUCAAUGUAAUCUGCUGAGGACCUUCAUUUCUAAGAUUCAGAAAUGGUUUAAGGUUCUGAUAUCAAAUUAAGUAAAACAGGUUGUGGUUGGUGGAACCCUGUGGGGAAAGUGGUUUGAAGAGGAGAGGGAGGGCGAGGGAAAGUCACCCCGACCUUAGUUUGUAGCUUCUGACUUAUUUAAUGAGCGGAUGCCCGUCCAGGCCCAGAGUAGGUGCCUGAAGCCUUGUGGAUUACUUUCCUGUUUUGUCUUCUUU